AUGGCUAGAGGGAGUUGUGUGAAAAAUGCAUGGAGAAAUAGGUCAAGUAAAGCAGAUUUCGGCUACAAAAUUCCGGCCAGUGGUCCUACUGGGGAAAUAUUUGAUCUAAACUCUGCAGAUUGGCAGUGUUACGAAGACAGAAUGUGUGAGAGCACACAUGAGGGCUCUAACACUCCCAAAAUGCCCAACCAUAUUUUCCAAAAAGUUGUUUCUGGAUCAGAAAACCUUAUUCUUGCAUCAGAUCCUGAUCGAGAGGGGGAGGCUAUUGCUUGGCACAUCAUCGAGAUGUUACAACAACAGGGUGCUCUACACGAUAAUAUAUCUGUAGCAAGAGUAGCCUUUCAUGAAAUAACUGAAAAAUCUAUAAAAGAUGCUCUACAAACACCACGAGAGAUUGAUGUAAAUUUGGUGCAGGCUUACCUUGCACGUCGGGCUCUUGAUUACUUGAUUGGGUUUAACAUUUCACCAUUACUAUGGAGGAAGUUACCGGGUUGCCAAUCAGCUGGACGAGUUCAAUCUGCUGCACUUGCUCUUAUAUGCGAUAGGGAAAUGGAAAUUGAUGAAUUUAAACCGCAGGAAUAUUGGACUGUGGAGGUUCAAUUGAAAAAUAAAGAUCUGGGAUCAAACAAGAACGUUACAUUUCCUGCCCACUUGACCCAUGUUGAUUCAAAAAAGUUGAAUCAGUUUUCAAUUACUUCUGAUACAGAGGCAAAAUAUAUUCAAAGCAAUAUAAACUCAGCGGAUUUUCAGGUUGUUAGCUUGAAAAAAAGCAAAACUCGAAGAAAUCCUCCAACACCUUACAUAACAUCAACACUUCAGCAAGAUGCUGCAAACAAGUUGCAUUUUACAGCAAGUCACACAAUGAAGCUUGCACAGAAGCUCUAUGAGGGAGUUGAACUGUCGGAUGGUGUAGCUGUGGGUCUGAUAACAUACAUAAGAACCGAUGGCUUCCAUGUAGGUAUUUCUUUGAUUUCUGAUGAAGCUGUUGCUAAUGUACGCUCGCUGAUCAUUGAAAGGUAUGGACAAGAUUUUGCGUCACAAAGUGCACCAAAAUAUUUUAAAAAGGUGAAAAAUGCACAAGAGGCCCAUGAAGCCAUUAGACCAACCGACAUAUGCAAGUUGCCAUCAAUGCUUACUGGGAUACUUGAUGAAGAAUCUUUGAAGCUCUACACACUUAUUUGGUCACGGACAGUUUCUUGUCAAAUGGAACCUGCUGUCAUUGAGCAGAUACAUCUUGAUAUUGGAAAUGCUGAUGAGUCUAUUAUAUUACGUUCCUCCAGUUCAAUGGUUGUGUUCCCUGGAUUUCGGGCAGUUUCUACGGACAUCGUGGCUGAAGCUGUUGAAGAUAAAGACAGUGAUGAAUUGAACCCUGAUAAAACAUUUGAAGUAUUAAAUUCCUUGAAGGUUGCUGUUUUUGCUUUCCCUAUUGCAGGGGAUCCAUUACAUGUGGUUCAAGCUGACCCUACUCAGCACCAUACCCAACCGCCACCACGGUACUCCGAAGCAUCCUUGGUUAAGAAGCUUGAGGAGCUAGGGAUUGGAAGGCCAUCAACAUAUGCAUCCACAAUAAAAGUUUUAAGGGACAGAAACUAUGUGACGGUAAAAAGUCGUGUUCUGUCUCCAGAAUUUCGUGGUCGCAUGGUUUCAGCUUUUCUGUCGCAUCAUUUUUCAGAGGUCACGGACUACAGUUUUACUGCCGAUAUGGAAACUGAGCUUGAUAAUGUUUCCGCUGGGGUAACCGAAUGGAAGGGCCUACUGAGAGACUAUUGGACACGGUUUAAAUCAUAUUGUGAGCGUACUUCCAAUGUUCAUAUUCAUCAGGUUGAGAAAAUGUUGGAAAAAAAAUUUGGUGAUUUUUUAUUUGCUUCUUUUUCAGACCAGAGUCGUGUGUGUCCAAGUUGUAUGGAAGGGACACUUAUUUUUAAAGUAAGUAGAUUUGGUGCUGGCUACUUUAUAGGCUGUGAUCAACAUCCGAGGUGCAAGUACAUUGCUAAAACAUUAUACGGUACAGAGGAGGAAGAGGACGCAUCUCUGCCAAACACUAGAGUAGAGGAACCAAAACUCCUAGGUGUUACCAGUGGUUCAAAUGAAAAGGUUCUUUUGAAAACUGGUCCUUAUGGAUUUUAUGUUCAGCUCGGAGAAGACAGGAAGAGCUACAUACCUAAAAGAGCCUCUGUCUCUCAUGUCAAGGAUGUGGAUUCUAUAACUCUUGAAGAUGCACUUGAGUUGCUACAAUACCCAUUGACGUUGGGUAACCAUCCCAACGAUGGACAACCCAUCAUAUUAAAGCUUGCAAGAGUUGGGUUUUGUGUUAGACAUCGGCGCACUAUUGCUUCUGUUCCUAAGAGCCGAAGAUUGAUCGACAGUGGGUCAAAUGGUGGAAGGGCUACUGAUGAAUCCCAACAGUGUGGUCAGAAGGGGAAUAUGAGAAUGAGCUUGUGGCUGGUUGAGUGGACGACACUUCUCACUGAUGAUGGACUUUGUGGGUUGAAUCUGAUGAAUAUGAAGCCAAGCGAUGUGACCGUGGAAAAAGCCCUUGAGUUACUAUCGGGAAAAGACGUGAGACGGUCUGGUCGACCAAAAGGGAAAGCUAAAGUUGAAGAAGUUGAAGCGUUUUAA